AUGGGUGGCUUCUACAUGCAGUACCUGGAGAGUCUCUGCCGCCGGCGAGGAUGGACCGAUCCCUCGUACGAAUGCUACCGAGACUCAAACGGCUACACCUGCCUCGUCCUCGUCAACGGCCGCGAGUACCAGACCGACCUCGCCUACGAGUCGGACGUCCUGGCCCAGGAAAACGCCGCCAUGCGCGCCUUCAUGGUCUGCCGCAACUUCUCCGUCAACGGCGGCAUGCUCGCCCGCAACGGCAUCGUCCAGGGGCUACCCGCCGCCGCCGACACGGGCCGCCACCGCAAGAGCCGCCACGCCUCGUCGCGCGACAGCGGCGAGAGCCGUGGCCGGAGGUCCGGGAAUCACUCCAGCAGCAGCUCCACCGCCUCCUUCGACUGA